ACCAAAGUUAACAAAUCACAAGAGGAAGUAUACGCCAAAGGAUAUAGUAGAUGAUGUGAAAAAUGAAAUUGGUGUGGAUGUGAAUUACAUGAAGGCUUAUCGUGCUAAAGAAAAGGCUAUGAUCGAGUUGAGGGGAGAGCCAGCAGAGAUUCUUACAAGAAGUUACCUGGAUAUGUAUACAUCUUGGAUAAAACGUAUCCAGGUUCUCAUAUAAGAAUGCAAAAAUCCCCUGAAAAUGAGUUCUUAUAUCUGUUUAUAGCAUUAUAUGCCUUUAUAAAAGGGUUCGACUAUUGUCGACCAAUAGUGGUUGUAGACGGGAGCCACCUAAAACAAGAAUACAAUGGCACCUUUGUUUCAGCGAGCACUUUGGAUGGUGCAGGUAAUAUACUGCCUCUAGCAUAUGGCGUGAUCGAUUCUGAGAACGAUAAGUCUUGGUCAUGGUUCUUUCAACGGUUCAAGGAAGCAUAUGGGGUAAGGGAUAACAUGUGUAUUGUAUCUGAUAGACAUGAAAGCAUCAUCAAGGCUGUUGCUAGAAUUUAUCCUACUAUUCCGCAUUUAGCAUGCAUAUGGCAUCUUUGGAAAAAUGUUUAUAAUAACUAUAGGAAGAGUCAUGAAGUGUUGAGUGGUGUAUACUAUAAAAUGGCAAAAGCAUACACACAGAAUGACUUUGAUAUGCUAAUGGGAAAAGUUGAGAAAGAGGAUAUUCGGGUGAAGGAGUACUUGGAUUCAGUGGGAAGGGCAAAGUGGGCUAGGCUUUAUUGUCCAUUAACCGAGCAUGGACAUUAA